AUGGUCUUGACUGCAUUAGAAUAUGGUCUAAGGCCAGGGCCGAGCGUAUGGGCGGAGUCUCUGGACGCAGUCAAUUUGUCAGCGGUGUCAGGCGGAGACACAACACUGCCUUGCGACUCUCUCUCUCCUCCACCGCCUGAUGCAUUGCUACUCGUCGUAUGGUAUAAAAACGACCUACCAAUUUACAGCUACGACGGGCGUAUAAAAGGGCCUGCUGCACACUGGGCAGAUGCAACGCUAGUGGGUCGUGCCAAGUGGCACCUUUCACCGCACUCUGUGCUUCGCAUCCGAAAUAUCGUUCCAGCAGAUCGGGCCCUUUAUCGCUGCAGAGUUGACUUUAAAGUAUCUCCAACAAGAAACUAUAAGUACAUGCUACACGUGAUCGAACUUCCAGAAAAACCAAAAAUAUUUGAUGAAAACGAUAAAGAAGUUAUAGGGACGGCCGGACCAUAUGUAGAAGAUUCAAGGCUCAAGCUAACCUGUGUUGUAAGUGGAGGUAGACCGAUGCCACGCAUACGAUGGUGGAAAGAGAACAACGUUAUCGCUCAACUGGAUCCAGUCGAGGAUGAAACACGGCUCAGUCUCCUGGAACUAAGGAUUCCCUCUCUAAAAAGGGAUCACUUCGAAGCGGUUUACAGUUGUACAGCAGAUAACACUCCGUUAGUGCCGCCUUUACGAGUCAACGUGCAAGUACAAUUAUACUUGAGACCAUUAUCAGUUGAAAUAUUGGAAAGAGAGCAACCUUUGUCCGUGGGCCAAGAAACGGAUAUCGCUUGUAAAGCUGUUGGUUCUAGACCACCUGCAACUAUAACUUGGUGGCUUGGUGGUAAAAAGAUGGUCGUGAAUACUCCACAAACGGGUCAGGUAAUGACACACAACCAACGUGCUGGAGUAAUAGCUGGGUCGGCGCACCUCGCUCUACAGGGAGUGUCGCGGGAUCAAGCCGGACAGUAUGUCUGUGUUGCUAGUAACGUGGAAGGGGAUGGACGAUCACUUCCAGUGUCCCUACAAGUUAUUUAUAAACCUAUAUGUAAGAACACGAUGACAGCAAUUGUAGGCGCAGCUGUCAAUGAAGCAGCUAGAGUCGCCUGUGAAGUCGAUGCCUUCCCACUGCCGAAGAACUUUCAAUGGACACUCAAUAACACUUUGGGAACUACUGAGUUAGAUCCGGGAAAGUUCACGAUAGAAAAAUCGGGUCGUUCAAUUCUCACGUACAUACCAACUUCUGACAUGGACUACGGGUCGUUGGCCUGUCGAGCUACAAACUUGGUUGGACAACAAUUAGAGCCUUGUAGAUACACCCUACUGCCAGCCGUCAAGCCUGACCCGCCUGCUAACUGUUCGACCUUGAACUUAACAGAUGACUCAGCCGAAGUAAAAUGUAUUGCUGGCUAUGACGGAGGUCUCCAAACUACGUAUUUUGUGGAAGUAUGGGAAGCGGAAGAAUUAAUAGCAAAUGUGUCAACAAUACUUCCCGUUUGGAAGUUACAAGGGCUCGGAUCUGGGAAGGCUUUACAACUCGUGUUUUACGCUAACAAUGCAAGGGGCAGAUCUGAUAUAACUACACUUAGAAUACACACGUUGUCAAGACUAGCUUUACAUACGGCGAAGAACAAUUAUAUGGUAAUUGACACGAACUGGACCCUGGGUAUUGCAGCGGGUGCAUUGGGUACGCUGACAGCUGUAGCUGUAAUAACCGUCUUGGCUCGAAAGCGACAGAGGCCUGUGGAAUAUGAUGUUCCAUUACAAACUAUGAAAGGGUGUAAGGGUGCAAUGCAUAGCUCCAACCAUUCACCUAUACAAGACGACAAGAACCCAGACGUAGUGCCUCUUGGAAAAGACUUCAACUGUACAAGGGAUUCUGAGCUCCCUCCGGAACCGCCGCCUUACGGGAUAGCCCUAUCGAAUAUUCAACCGGUGGGUGCGUCCAAAUCCGUACACAGUCUCCACGAUCGAACGAACACACCGCAUACUCUUAAUACACCUGGGUCCGGACAGAGCAUCAGUACACUGACUGAGGAUAGAAGGAGUUUGACGAGUGGAACACUAUCACGGCGGAGGGAGGUCGUCACUACUAGGACCACAGUUUUAACCAACGCCAGAGAGAGUUGCGUGUCUGUGGCGCUAAGAUAUAUCACCAAACAAGACAUCAAACUGGUGUUCAACAACGUCGUGGUAGAGCGGGCGGUCGCACAGAAGGAUGCGGCCGGCACGUUGCCGGCGGCCAGCCCGGGCGGCGGGUCCACCACCGUUUUGAUAGCAACUUAUAAAGAAAUGAACUUAUAA